AUGAUCGCCUCAGCUUCAUCACUCACCUACGAUUCAUUCCGCAAUAUCCCUCUGGCGUACGCUUCCUGCUCCAUUGGGAGUAGCAAUGCCGACACCCUUCCCCGAAAGCUCGAAGCUAUCAGUAAAGCCGGCUUCACGGCCAUCGAGCUGUCAUUCCCGGACAUCAUCGACUAUGGAUCGCGAGUGCUGGACCACCAGGUCGCCUCAGAGAACUUCGCGGAGCUGAUUCCGGUGGCAGGUGAGAUCCGCAAGUUGUGCGGCGCCAGUGGGUUGAAAGUGAUGAUGCUGCAACCGUUUGCGAACUUUGAGGGGUGGCCACGCGGGUCGGUGGAUCGCGAAGACGCCUUCACCAGGGCCAAUGGGUGGAUUGAGAUCAUGAACGUCGUCGGAACGGAUUUGCUACAUGUCGGCUCCACAGACACGCCUGCGGAGAAGAUCUCGACCCAACGCGCCGACAUCGUGGCCGACCUCCGCGAGCUAGCCGACCUCCUCGCCAAACGCAACAUGCGCCUCGCCUACGAGAACUGGUGCUGGUCCACGCACGCGCCCACCUGGAAAGCCGCUUGGGAGAUCGUCAAGGAAGUCGACCGCCCCAACGUCGGCCUGUGCCUGGAUACGUUCCAAACCGCCGGCUCCGAAUGGGGCGACCCGACCACGGUCUCCGGCCGGAUCGAGACCGUCGACCGCCAGGAACUCGACCGCGAGGAGCUCAACCGGCGCUUCGCCGCCAGCAUGGACGAGCUGGCGCGCAGCAUCCCCCCGGAGAAAAUCUACCUGCUCCAGAUCUCGGACGCGUACAAGCCCACCCGGCCGAUCGAGGAUAAAAUCCUUUGGGGCCUGCGGCCGCGCGCCCGAUGGAGCCAUGACUUCCGCCCCAUGCCGUAUGACGGCGGAUACCUGCCGAUCGAGGAGGUGGCGCGGGCGGUACUCAAGACGGGGUUCCGGGGCUGGUUUUCCAUGGAGAUCUUCGACUCUGGGAGUCAGGGGAAGGGCAAGAAGUACGAUAUCAUUCCGUAUGCGAAGCAAGCGAUGGAGCGCAUGCAGAAGCUUUUGAAGAACUGUGCGACUCAAUAG